AUGAAUCAGACUUCAGGUGGUGUGAAUCGAACAACGGCAACAGGAAGUUUUUCCGAUAAAGGGAAUGAAAGUUUAACAACGAGCGACGGCGGCGGUAAUGAAAGUGAAACGGGCACGGUGAUCGAUGAAAAUGAGUUUCCUGAUCAGAAAAUGCCACACGUUUAUCUGACACACGAUAUGAAACCGGUUUGUGCGAUUACAAGUGGUGAUGGACGAGAGAAUGGUGGUAGCGGGGAAGAUGAAGAUGGCAAUAGUGCAAAUGAGAAUGCAUGGGAAAAGGUUGGAACAAAGAAAAGAAAGGAAUCAGUUUUAAAGACACAGUCUUCACAACUGGCAAAAAAUAAUAGUAAUAGUACAGGAAAUAGUAGUCGAAGUAGUAAUAAAAAACGUCGAAAACAGAGUACUACUUCUGGAUCGACAGUGAAAAAAGAAUUACACUCAACUUCACAGUCGCCAUGUCCUUCGUUGAUUAAUUUGGAAAUUAAUCCAAAAGAUUUGCCUUCGUCGAUACUGCAUGAAUAUGGUGGAAAUAUCCACUGCGCUUCUAGUCAAUCACAAAAUCAACAAGAGCAGGUAGGAAGGCAUCUUGUUUUUGGGAGCGACAAACCUUUCUACGAGAGAGGUCUUCGGUGGCCAUAA